UCCCCUAGAGACCUAGUUUGUUUUCUAUGUAAUUUAUUACAGCUUUCAGAAUAGUCUUGCUUUUCUUGUUCUCAUUGAUAUGGUCAUGGAAUGGGUACCUGUUUGAUCUUGCUGCACUGCUGGGACAUCUCCCUUUUAGGGGAGAGGGUUAGGUCCAGGCUGAGGCCAACCGUUGAGACCUGGUGAAAGAUAAUCAGGAGCAAUUAUGUUCUGCAGUAAAAAGAAAUCACUUGAAGCAGAACGGAUAGUAAAAGCCAAUGACCGUGAAUAUAAUGAGAAGUUCCAGUACACAGAUAACCGUAUCCACACAUCCAAGUACAAUAUCCUCACCUUCUUGCCAAUUAAUUUAUUUGAACAGUUCCAAAGAGUGGCAAAUGCAUAUUUCCUUUUCCUUCUGAUUUUACAGCUGAUUCCAGAAAUUUCCUCCUUGACAUGGUUUACCACCAUUGUGCCUUUGGUCCUGGUGGUAACUAUGACAGCUGUCAAAGAUGCCACAGAUGACUAUUUUCGCCACAAGAGCGAUAAUCAAGUGAAUAAUCGGCAAUCUGAAGUGCUCAUCGACAGCAAACUGCAGAAUGAAAAGUGGAUGAAUGUCAAAGUCGGAGACAUCAUUAAGUUAGAAAAUAACCAAUUUGUUGCUGCUGAUCUGCUUCUCCUAUCAAGCAGUGAGCCAUGUGGCCUCUGUUAUAUUGAAACUGCUGAGCUAGAUGGAGAAACGAACCUUAAAGUACGCCAUGCGCUAUCAGUUACCUCAGAACUUGGAGCAGAUAUUAACAGACUUGCUGAGUUUGAUGGGAUUGUUGUCUGUGAGGCGCCUAACAACAAAUUAGAUAAAUUCACAGGAGUCCUCUCUUGGAAGGAGAGUAAGCACUCCCUCAACAAUGAGAAGAUAAUCCUGAGGGGCUGUGUCCUGAGAAAUACCAGCUGGUGUUUUGGAAUGGUUAUUUUUGCAGGUCCUGACACUAAACUAAUGCAGAACAGUGGUAAAACAAAUUUUAAGAGAACAAGCAUUGAUAGAUUGAUGAAUACUCUAGUACUGUGGAUUUUUGGAUUUCUGAUCUGCUUGGGAAUUAUUCUUGCAAUAGGCAAUACCAUUUGGGAGAAUGAAGUUGGGGACCAAUUCAGAACUUUCCUCUUUGGGAAUGAAGGAGAGAAGAACUCGGUGUUCUCGGGAUUCUUAACAUUCUGGUCAUAUAUUAUUAUUCUUAAUACAGUUGUACCCAUUUCAUUAUAUGUGAGUGUGGAAGUAAUUCGUCUGGGACACAGUUAUUUUAUAAACUGGGAUCGGAAGAUGUAUUACUUUGGGAAGGCGACACCUGCUGAGGCCCGUACAACCACGCUCAAUGAGGAACUAGGCCAGAUUGAAUAUAUUUUCUCUGACAAAACGGGUACCCUCACUCAAAACAUCAUGACUUUUAAAAAAUGCUCCAUUAAUGGGAAAAUCUAUGGUGAAGUACACGAUGACAAGGGUCAAGAGAUAGGCAUGACUAAGAAAAAAGAGGCUAUGGGUUUCUCAGUUGACCCCCAAGCAGAUAGAACAUUUCAAUUUUUUGACCACCAUCUGAUGGAAUCCAUUAAACUGGGUGAUCCCAAAGUUCAUGAAUUCCUUAGGGUACUUGCUCUCUGCCACACCGUAAUGUCAGAGGAAAACAGUGCAGGACAGCUGAUUUACCAAGUUCAAUCACCUGAUGAAGGGGCCUUAGUGACUGCUGCAAAAAAUUUGGGGUUCAUUUUUAAGUCUCGGACCCCAGAGACAAUAACAAUAGAAGAGUUGGGAACACUAGCUACUUAUCAAUUGCUUGCCUUUUUGGAUUUCAACAAUUUCAGAAAAAGGAUGUCUGUCAUAGUGCGAAACCCAGAAGGGCAGAUAAAGCUUUAUUCCAAAGGAGCAGACACUAUUCUGUUUGAAAGACUUCAUCCAUCCAAUGAGGACCUUCUGACUUUGACGUCAGACCACCUCAGUGAAUUUGCAGGAGAAGGCCUUCGAACCUUGGCCAUAGCAUGCAGAGAUCUGGGUGACACGUACUUCAGAGAGUGGCAUAAGAGGCUUGAAGAUGCAAAUGCUGCCACAGAUGAGGAGGAUGAACUGAUAGCAGGGCUGUAUGAAGAAAUUGAAAGGGAUUUGAUGCUACUAGGUGCCACUGCUAUAGAAGAUAAGUUACAAGAGGGUGUUACUGAAACAAUUACAAGUUUAAAUCUAGCCAAUAUUAAGAUCUGGGUCCUAACAGGAGACAAACAAGAAACUGCCAUCAAUAUUGGAUAUGCCUGCAACAUGCUGACUGAUGACAUGAAUGAAGUGUUCAUUAUAGCAGGGAACACAGCCACAGAGGUCAGAGAAGAACUCAGGAAAGCAAAGGAAAAUUUGUUUGGACAAAACAGAAGUUUUUCCAAUGGCCAUGUAGUUUUUGAAAAAAAGCAGCCGCUGGAGCUGGACUCAGUUGUAGAAGAAACUGUAACAGGAGAUUAUGCCUUAAUCAUAAAUGGCCACAGUUUGGCCCAUGCUCUGGAAAGUGAUGUCAAGAACGAUCUUCUAGAACUUGCCUGCAUGUGCAAGACUGUGAUUUGCUGCCGAGUCACCCCACUCCAGAAAGCCCAAGUAGUUGAGCUGGUGAAGAAGCACAGAAAUGCCGUGACUUUGGCCAUUGGUGAUGGAGCCAAUGAUGUCAGCAUGAUCAAAAGUGCUCACAUAGGUGUUGGCAUCAGUGGCCAGGAAGGACUGCAGGCGGUCCUAGCCAGCGACUACUCAUUUGCACAGUUCAGAUACCUCCAGAGGCUUCUCCUUGUUCAUGGAAGGUGGUCCUAUUUCCGAAUGUGCAAAUUUUUAUGCUAUUUCUUCUAUAAGAAUUUUGCAUUCACGCUUGUGCAUUUCUGGUUUGGUUUCUUCUGUGGUUUCUCGGCCCAGACUGUUUAUGACCAGUGGUUCAUUGCCCUUUUUAACAUUGUCUACACAUCACUGCCUGUUUUAGCCAUGGGGAUUUUUGACCAGGAUGUCAGUGACCAGAACAGCAUGGAUUAUCCCCAGCUCUACAAACCUGGACAGCAGAAUUUACUUUUUAACAAGUGUAAAUUUUUCAUCUGUGUGGCACAUGGAAUCUACACCUCAUUAGCCCUUUUCUUCAUCCCCUAUGGGGCCUUUUAUAAUGCAGCUGGAGAAGAUGGACAGUACAUUGCAGACUACCAGUCUUUUGCAGUUACCAUGGCCACAUCUUUGGUCAUUGUGGUCAGUGUGCAGAUAGCCUUGGAUACCAGUUACUGGACUGUCAUUAAUCAUGUUUUCAUCUGGGGCAGCAUUGCCACUUACUUCUCCAUUUUAUUUGCAAUGCACAGUAAUGGCAUCUUUGGCAUCUUCCCAAAUCAGUUUCCAUUUGUUGGAAUUGCAUGGCAUUCCUUGAACCAGAAGUGCAUCUGGCUUGUUGUUCUCUUAACGGCAGUGGCUUCAGUUAUGCCUAUAGUGACAUUCAGAUUUUUGAGGGUGGAUUUAUUCCCAACCCUAAGUGAUCAGAUCCGCCAGUGGCAGAAGGCUCAAAAGAAGGCGAGGCCCCUGUAUAGCCGAAAGCCUCAGACUCGGAGAUCAAGCUCAAGAAGAUCUGGAUAUGCUUUCGCUCACCAAGAAGGCUAUGGAGAGCUUAUCACAUCUGGAAAAAAUAUGCGUGCUAAAAAUCUACCUCCAACAUCAGGGUUGGAAAAGACACCAUCUAAUAGCACUAGUUGGAUUGAAAAUUUAUGUAAGAAAGCCACAGACACAGUGAGCAGCUUUAGCCAGGAUAAAACAGUGAAACUGUGAGUCAAGAUGAAUUUGAACCACACUGUUAUCUUUUCACUUCACCUGGAGCUGAAAUAAGCUGGCCCCAGAGUUUGGGAUCAGGGUCUAAGGGUGGGGCAGAUGGCCUCACUUAACCUAAAUCUGUGGCAGAUAGUGGCCACGUGCCCAUCCAAAAGGUUGUACUCUAUUGAAAACCAGGCCAGGGAUCACUGUCUAAUUCGUGAAUUGGUGGACAAAACGCUCAAAACAUCAGCAGUUUUUAUUAACCUACAUACCAACUGAUAUGAAUUUUAGGAUCCUAUUUAUGGAGAAAUACUUGUAAAUCUGUAUCUAUAGAGAAUGGGUAUUUUGGUGGGUAAGAGGGUGCCUUCAUAAGCUAUUAUCCAGCUGAAAAGCAUCCUUGUGACAGACUAACACGUAUUUAAGAUCAGCUAUUCCCAAGAUACAUUUUUAAGAUGUCAAAUGUGUACUAAGGUGCUUUCAGACUUACAGCAGCUUGUCAGUCUCUAAUCUUUAUCUCUACCUUUGUCUUCUGCCAGGACAAUGUAUCACCUUCAUGCCUGAAAAGCAGAAAAACGUGUUGGUGUUCCUCACUGUUUUUGGUCUAGAGACAAAGUACAUGGAGCAUUCUUUACAGUGGGAUAGGAUUAUGGUUUGGCCAUAUCUAUUCAAAAAAUUCUCAGGGUCAUGUUCAUGAAAUGUCAAAAAGACUCUCUAGAAAGUAUUCUAAAUACUUUUUAAUGACUUGUGUAACAAACCUCAGUAGUUAUUUGCUCUGCAUCAUCCAGACCUAUUAAUGGAAUCAGAAAACCACUGGAAUUUCAUACUUUGAUGAUAAUAUUCCAUAUAUUAUACUUUAAACAUUUCCACCUUUAGAAAGUACAGAUUUGAAACCAAGAAAAUUACUUAAUUACUAUUUAAAUAUGUAGGUUUAGGUCAUUCAGAGUUAGUUGCUUUUGAUACUCAGCUGUCAUAUUUAUAACUCAAACAUAUGCGGUUGUUUUUUGGAGAUGUUCCAGUCCAAAUUUCAGUCCCCAUGUGAGUCUCCAGUGUAGUAUCUGUGAAAGAAUUCAAGCAGAUUUGUGUUCCAUUUCUGGAUCUAUCACUUUUUACCUCUGUAACUUUGAGCAGGUAAUGUUCUUCCUCUGAGACUCAGUUUCUUCCUCUGUAAAAGGAGGAUAUGCUACCUACCUCAUGUGGUUGUUUGAAGAUUGUUGAAGUACCAACUCUUAAAUCAUUAAAAACAUAAAUAUCAUGUGAAUAGAUGAUGAGUUAGGUUCCAUUUAAUUCCUCAUCAGAAUAACAGAGCAAUUUGAAAACAGCAAACAUGAAGAGCUGGAAUUUGCAUAAUCAGUGGGAAAGGGUUCAAUGAAAUGAGACUGCAAAGUAAGAUAUAAAACUGGUUAAUGUCCUGAAGGGAAAUAACCUUGGAGGUAAGUUUCUCUAUCAGAGAGCAAAAAUAAAUCAUCAUCAUGCCUUAUCAAUUUUCUACAAAUCAGCCUCCAACUCUACAGAGACCUCGAUCUGGUCUCUGUUGAAUUAGUAAUCAAAUAAUUAAUAUUCCCCAAGAGAGUCAGAUGGCUCUUGGGUAGGCUUGGUGGAUAAUGAGCUGGUAUAUUAAUGGAUCAACAAAUUUUGGGAGACUUAAUUUCCAAGUUGGAGGUAACUUUUCCUAAAUGGGAUACAUGUAAAGAAGCCUAAUACAGUGCUUUAAUCAUAUUUUAUGCUCAUAGAUGUCUACUUUUCUUUUAUAUACCUGUGUAGACUUAUCUAGAUGUUAGUUUUCAAUGUCUAAUUUGUCAUUAGUUUUACUGUGCUUGUUUGCUUUUUAGUAACAUUUUUGAUAGAUUUGAAAACUUUCAGUAAAUAUUUUGGCAGUA